UUUACUCCAUUUCUCAAAGGGAGGAUUGUGCACUUUGACCCAGAGGAUAUCCUGUGCCCUCUCAGCAUUUGGAGCGUGAGCGCACUAAAGCCAACACAAGACAAAAGUCCUUUACAGCUUAAGGCAUCUGUAUCGAGAUAAAAGGUGAUUGAAGCAUUUUUUCAAAGCAGACAAAAGUCAUACUGGAUUCAUUAACUUGCAGGCUCGACAAUGAUGGAAGAAGUCAAAGAGACAUCUACUCUGAGUGUCCAUGGUCAUAAUAUCAAGGUGACGGAAGUGUUGGAAGACGGGGACACACUUACUUUCCUCAUUGUGUCUCAAAAGCUGUCCGGGACGGGGGAGCACCACGUGGCCCGGACCUAUGACGAUUUUGAAUGGCUGCAGCAGCUCCUGUUCUCUCCGGAGGAUGAGCCCGGGAUACAGGGAGUCAUAUUUCCAUCUCUUCCUGCAAAGGCUCAUGUGAAUCCCUCGGCCAAGGUUAUGAAACAGCUUGGUUUCCUGGCUUUAGGAGAGUGGCAGCUAUACUGCAAAGCGCUGGAAAGCUUCCUGCGGCAGGUUGCUGCACACAGCAUCCUCAGCAAAAAUAAAGCUGUGGAGAUCUUCCUGACUAGCUCAGAACCUCCAGGAAGACAGAGAGCGAGGAAGAACCUUUUCAACCGUCUGAGUCAAGCUGUGGAGGAACGGAGGAAAGAAGGCUACAAGGAUGUGGAUGAAUUCUUUCAAACCGAACGCAACCAUAACCUUGUUCUGACCAGCUACGCCAAGACUGCAGCUGAGCGAUUCCUAGAUGUGGUGCAGUCUGAGCAAAAAAUAGCAGUGGCCUGUGCACACUUCUCUGCUUCUCUGCAUCUGUGUGUGGAACCGGUGGAGGAUUCUGACCAACAGGCCUUUUCCAAGGCUUGUGUAAAAUUAUCUGAAGUCUUUGAUUCUAUAAAGAAAAAUAUGACAAGUGUUGCUGAGAACAACAUGAACACUCUUGGGCUCGGCCUGGACCUUGAGUCACGCUGCCAGGAGGCCGAGAAGGAGAUGCUCUUCAGAAGAACCUGUAAACUGGUGGAGUUGGAGGCUGCCAGAAGGAAUGCGGAGAAGGCCAAACCUUUGAAGAAGGCUUCUGUGAGUGGAUCAGAUGUAAAUGCUGUCUUCUGGCCAGCAGGGAUGGAGGAGGCAAUGAAAACGACGGAGAUGGAGUUCAAUCACAUUUGUGUGGUGGCUAAACAGGAGGUUCAUCGGUUCCGGGCUGCACGUGUGAAGAUGCUGCAGCAGGCUCUGGUUCAGUGGGGUGAGAAGCAGCUUCUUACGGCCAAAGAAAGUGCCGACCAGUUUAACCAGCAACUGCAAGCCUACAGCGGGGAAGCCUAGUGGACUGACUUUUAAUGAAGCAUAGACCUAGCAUGGGAUAACCCAAACACAUCCUCCACACUGUUGUGCUGGGGUUCGGUGCUUCAGUGGAUUCAUUAUAAAAAAACAGUGUCCACAAGGACAAGUCAUUGAAAAAGAAAGGGAAACCUUAUUUACGGUAUAAUCAAACAAGCGUAUAAUUUGAGCACUCCUUCACUCUCUCUUCAAUCCCACUUCACCAAUAAAGCCCAUGCAGAAUGAUGGUAUUCUAUUCCCCACUCAUGGAGUUGUGCUGAGAGGGUUAUUGUGCUGUUCUCCAGCCAAACCACCAGCCAGGGUCACUCAAAAUAAAGUGUGAUGAAUUGAUCCCCAAAGUAGGCUACCUGCUUGCCUUCGUGUGUGUGUUUUUUUUACUCCCGGAUCAUUAAUCAGUUGGAUUCACUGUUCCGACAAGGACGAGGCAACAAGGACACUGAGCUCUCGGGGAGACUAUUCUGGCUUUGUGAAUAUCUGUUAACGAUUUCUCCUCCAUAUUUCCCGCGUGAUUGUAGGAAAUCUGUCGGGAGGUCUGGCGUUGUGCUAAAUAGAAUAAAACUAUGGCAGACUUUUUCUGCACACAAGCACAUCCUCCC